GCUAGUGCGGUAAAGGGGCGGUCCUACUGUACUCACGUGAAGGGAUAUGUAUAUGUACCCAAUAUCUUGCUCACUGCUGAGUCAAACCAAAGCAGCAAGGAUACAGCUCGUGUCUGAAGACCAGAAAGGACAUUUUUAUUGAGGGUCGAUUUUGGGAUAGGAAGACCCAGUUUUGUUUGUGAGUUUAAAAAAAGGAUGCUUUAGUCGGGUCUCUCGAGCUCUCGCCUGGAAACAAGGAAGCAGUGAACGCUAUUGUUUUGUGACAGGAGGCUUCUUUCGCAGUAUGUCACUGGAACACGCAAUUCUUGUUCACUAAAUGUACUAUUGAAUACGUGUACCUUGUUUGCUUAGACAUGUUUAAUAAGACGUCAAACAGUGAAAAUAUAUUAUAGCACAAUGAAAUCACAAAUGUGCUAGUCGCAUUACCGGUCAAACGAGAUAGAAAGCUAUCUCAUCUAAUGUUUUGUUGUGGUUGCCCGCAGCGCAAACUAGGCAUAUGUGUUUUUAUUUUACAAAAUUCGUUAGUGCGCAAGCAGCCCACGAGUGCAACAUUAUAACAACAAAUACAUUGGUAUUCAGGACAACAGAAACAUGAUGAUGAUACAGAGCUAAAAAUAAAGUUUACAUAAAGUGGUUGAAUUGCUAUACCAGUAUACAGCAACAAGUCAAAAUAACUUGUAUCCGAUCAUCUUCGACAACUUUGGGUGAGGUGUGUUGUGCUGUCUUACCAAAGCGCAAAUUGAGCCCCUACGUCCAAGCGCUCUUUAGCUGUCAACUGAGAGCGACCGCAGGCACAGCUGCAGCAGCAAGUGUCAACGAGGACUGAACAACUCUUAUCAAAAAAAUGACGGACGGACCAAGGCAACGAGGAUGUUCAGUGGCGUCUGGCGGGGAUGCUGGCCCCGAGUCCGGGAAAGAGUCCGGAGAAGGAGGGGUGGCUCUGAAGAAAGAGAUCGGUCUUGUGAGCGCGUGCGGAAUUAUUGUUGGUAAUAUCAUCGGCUCUGGGAUCUUUGUCAGCCCUAAGGGCGUGAUGGAGAAUGCUAGCUCAGUGGGUCUGGCGCUGAUCGUGUGGAUUGUCACCGGCAUAAUCACGGCCAUCGGAGCGCUGUGCUACGCCGAGCUGGGUGUCACCAUCCCCAAGUCAGGGGGAGACUAUUCAUACGUCAAGGACAUCUUCGGAGGACUGGCAGGGUUCCUGCGUCUGUGGAUCGCGGUGCUGGUGAUCUACCCCACCAACCAGGCAGUCAUCGCCCUCACCUUCUCCAACUACGUCCUACAGCCCCUCUUCCCAACCUGCUUCCCCCCGGAGAACGGACUGCGCCUGCUGGCCGCCGUCUGCCUACUUUUGUUGACGUGGGUGAACUGCUCCAGUGUGCGAUGGGCCACCAGAGUCCAGGACAUCUUCACAGCCGGCAAGCUGCUGGCACUGGCUCUCAUCAUUAUCAUGGGCAUCGUGCAGAUCUGCAAGGGGGAGUACUAUUGGCUGGAGCCAGCCCAUGCCUUUGAGCCCUUCCAGGAGUACGACGUGGGGCUGAUAGCCCUGGCCUUCCUACAAGGCUCCUUCGCCUACGGAGGAUGGAACUUCCUCAACUACGUCACUGAGGAGCUGGUUGACCCCUAUGUGAAUCUUCCACGUGCCAUCUUCAUCUCCAUCCCCUUGGUGACGUUCGUGUACGUGUUUGCCAACAUCGCUUACGUCACCGCCAUGAGUCCUCAGGAGCUGCUGGCCUCCAACGCUGUUGCUGUAACGUUUGGUGAGAAGCUGCUAGGCGUGAUGUCAUGGAUCAUGCCCAUCUCUGUUGCUCUGUCCACCUUCGGAGGGGUCAACGGGUCCCUCUUCACCUCGUCACGGUUGUUCUUUGCUGGAGCCAGAGAGGGCCACCUCCCCAGUCUCCUGGCCAUGAUCCACGUGAAGCGUUGUACCCCCAUCCCUGCUCUGCUCUUCACUUGUCUGUCCACCCUGUUGAUGCUGUGCACCAGUGACAUGUACACCCUCAUUAACUACGUGGGCUUCAUCAACUACCUCUUCUACGGGGUCACUGUUGCCGGGCAGAUCGUACUGCGCAUCAAGGCACCCGAUAUGCACCGACCAAUCAGGAUCAGUCUGGUAUGGCCGGUCAUCUACCUAUUGUUCUGGGCCUUCCUGCUCAUCUUCUCCCUGUACUCUGAGCCCAUUGUGUGUGGCCUCGGCAUGGCUAUCAUGCUGACUGGAGUGCCUGUCUACUUCCUGGGUGUCUACUGGGACAACAAGCCUGAAUGCUUCAACAGCUUCGUUGCCAAGAUGACCUACCUGGGCCAGAAGUUCUGUGUGGUUGUGUAUCCAGGGGAAACGAAGGGAGCAGGGAACGGGGAGGAGGGCGAGGAGCUGAAGGAGGCCCAGGCUCCUCUCUCGCAAGACGAUGGGGAGACACGAAAGUCUGCAGACUGCUAAACACACACCUUUACUAGCCCCCCCCCCCCCCCCCACACCACCACCACCCACCAACUCCUCAACACACACACACACACAGACACACACACAAACUCAGAGAAAUACACUCUCAUUGAGGUAGAGUCAGAGUUUCAGGUAUAUCACUAUGGCAGAGAGGAGUUAACACUCACAGACUCGGAAAUACUCUUAGUGACACACACUGUUUUUAUGUGUUCACCCACCUGAUUGUAUCUUUGUUUCAAUCACCAAUGUUGUGCCACAUAGAGGAGAGGAGGAGGAGACCUAUAUAGACCUAUAUCCGGUCAUUACAUUUCAGUGUGCCACCUUUCAACGCUGCUUAUUGCAGAAGACAUAUCCAACCUGACAUCUUCACAGAUACACACUCAUCUUUUCAUCCUCUAAUCAUUUAAUUUACCCCCUUAACUACUCUUUUUUUUCAUCCUCCUCAUCUUCCUCCACACACUCCCUGAACACUCCAUGAGUGAGAGAGCGCUGGCCAUUUUAAAGUACUCGUACUGUACUGUGGCAGAUUCAUCAUCAGCAUUGCUUUUGUGUUUUGUUUCUUUUUUGCCACCUUUGGAAUAGAAUUUGCCUUGUCUUACUGAAAACACACCAGAGCUGUAUUCCUUUAUCAAAACCAUCAAAUUCAGAUACAUUCUUUGAAUGUUCUGUUUCAAAUACACUAAAUACUGUUUUUGAUUCCAAAAUGUUUUUUUUAUAAUUGUUGUAAUUGUUUAUAUCACGUGUCAUUGUUAUUAUAUUAGUUUUUUUAUGUUCUAUAUCAAUAACUUUUGGGUCUUAUUUUUCUUUUUUUGCAACAGCGAAGAUAUACUUUUAAGAACCUAUGAGGGAUCUGGUUCGGUGCCUUAGGUAGUGGUAUGUAAUUGUUAUCAUUGACAGGUUAUUUUAUCCAGAGAUUUUUAAAGAGUUUUUUUUUUUUAAAUCAUGUUGAUGAAAAAAAACAAAGAAAUGGCCAUUUUGAAUAUUCCAGGUUGACUCAGUGUGUUUACUGCAUACCUGAGGAAGAUUUCAUUAAAGGCAGACAAUCAACUCUUCAAAUGAACAGUCUGAUGAUUUAAAAGACGAGAAGCACAGACUAACAAGCCGACUACAGUUCUUACACCUGUAGAGACACGGACACACACACACUCACAUGCACACAAACACACACUCAUAUGUCAACGCUCUGGGAGAAAAUUGUCAGAAGUUGAAUUGUAUGUGUAGCUAAGCUUACUUCAGUGUAAAUCAACAGCAGUGGCGUGCUGGUGUUGAUGUAAAUGUCUAUUAUUAAUGUCUAUCAGUAAUGAGGUAAUUCAGUAUUUUUGUAGAUGAAUACACAUCUACACAUCUACUCUUCAAAGUAGUUUGAUAGUGCUUUAUUUGGUGUUUGAAUUAAUAUAACUGAUCAUGUUUUGUCCCCAAAAGAAUAACUGGAUAAUAUUACAUGAAUGUAAAGUUACGUUUGUUGUUAAAGUGACAUCAGGGAUUUAGAUAUGAACGAGAAAUGUUCUGUUUGUUUGUUGUCAGGUGACUCUGUAAUAUACAGUAUACAUACACUACCUGUCAAAAGUCUUAGAUCACCUACUCAUUCAAGGGUUUUUCUUUAUUUUCACUAUUUUCUACAUUGUAUAAUAGUGAAGACAUCAAAACUAUGAAAUAACACAUAUGGAAUCAUGUAGUAACCAAAAAAGUGUUAAACAAAUGAGAUUCUUCAAAUAGCCUUGAUGACAUCUUUCCACACUCUUGGCAUUCUCUCAACCAGCUUCACCUGGAAUGCUUUUCCAACGGUCUUGAUGGAGUUUCCACAUAUGCUGAGCACUUGUUGGCUGCUUUUUCUUCACUCUGCGGUCGGACUCAUCCCAAACCAUCUCAAUUUGGUUGAGGUCGGGGGAUUGUGGAGGCCAGGUCAUCUGAUGCAGCACUCCAUCACUUUCCUUCUUGGUAAAAUAGCCCUUACACAGUCUGGAGGUGUGUUGGGUCAUUGUUCUGUUGAAAAACAAAUGAUAGUCCCACUAUGCCUAAACCAGAUGGGAUUGCGUAUCGCUGCGAAUUCUAAAUAAAUCACAGCGAGUGUCACCAGCAAAGCACCCCCACUCCAUAACACUUCCUCCAUGCUUUACAGUGGGAAUUACACCUGCGGAAAUUGUCUGUUCACCCACACCGCGUCUCACAAAGACACAGCGGUUGGAACCAAAAAUCUCAAAUUUGGACUCCAGACUAAAGGACACAUUUCUACCAGUCUAAUGGCCAUUGCUCAUGUUUCUUGGCCCAACCAAGUCUCUUAUUAUUAUUGCUGUCCUUUAGUAGUGGUUUCUUUGCAGCAAUUCGACCAUGAAGACCUGAUUCACACAGUCCUCUGAACAGUUGAUGUUGAGAUGUGUCUGUUACUUGAACUCUGUGAAGCAUUUAUUUGGGCUGCAAUUUCUGAGGCGUGUAACUCUAAUGAACUUGUCCUCUGCAGCAGAGGUAACUCUUGGUCUUCCAUUCCUGUGGCGGUCCUCAUGAGAUCCAGGUUCAUCAUAGCGCUUGAUGGUUUUUGAGACUGCACUUGAAGAAACUUUCAAAGUUCUUGAAAUAUUCCGUAUUGACUGACCUUCAUGUCUUAAAGUAGUGAUGAACUCUCAUUUCGCUUUGCUCAUUUGAGCUUUUUUUGCCAUAAUAUGGACUAUCCAUAUAGUAAAAGUGGUAAAAGUGCCAUAAUAUGGACUUUUACCAAAUAUGUCUAUCUUCUAUAUACCCUCCUACCUUGUCACAACACAACUGAUUGGCUCAAACACACUAAGAAGGAAAGAAAUUCCACAAAUAAACUUUUAAGAAGGCACACCUGCUAAUCAAUCAAUCAAAUGUAUUUAUAAAGCCCUUUUUACAUCAGCCGAUGUCACAAAGUGCUAUACAGAAACCCAGCCUAAAACCACAAACAGCAAGCAAUGCAAAUGUAGAAGCACGGUGGCUAGGAAAAACUCCCUAGAAAGGCCAGAACCUAGGAAGAAACCUAGAGAGGAACCAGGCUCUGAGGGGUGGCCAGUCCUCUUCUGGCUGUGCCGGGUGGAGAUUAUAUAAAAACAUGGCCAAGAUGUUCAAACGUUCAUAGAUGACCAGCAGGGUCAAAUAAUAAUAAUCACAGUGGUUGUAGAGGGUGCAACAGGUCAGCCCCUCAGGAGUAAAUCUCAGUUGGAUUUUCAUAGUCGAUCAUUCAGAGUUAGAGACAGAAGGUGCGGUAGAGAGAGAAAACAGCAGGUCUGGGACAGGUAGCACGUCCAGUGAACAGGUCAGGGUUUCAUAGCCGCAGGCAGAACAGUUGAAACUGGAGCACCAGCACGACCAGGUGGACUGGGUACAGCAAGGAGUCAUCAGGCUCAGGUCCUCCGAGAGAAAAGAGAGAAAGAGAGAGACAGAAAGAUGCAUUCCAGGUGACUAUCUCAUGAAGAGAGAAUGCCAAGAGUGUGCAAAGCUGUCAUCAAGGCAAAGGGUGGAUAUUGGCUACAUUUUUGGUUACUACAUGAUUCAAUAUGUGUUAUUUCAUAGUUUUGAUGUCCUCACUAUUAUUCUACAAUGUAGAAAAUAGUAAAAAUAAAGAAAAACCCUUGAAUGAGUAGGUGUUCUAAAUCUUUUGACCGAUAGUGUAUACUAUGGAUGGUGGUGUGGCCCAGUAUACCAACAAUGGCCUCGCUAUUUCACCUUUGAAACACACACGUACACACACUGUUCUUCUUCAGAUUUUAUAACCAGUUUGGGGCCUUCUCAGUACAUUCACACUGCCUUCUCCACACUGCCAAAAACCAAUGAACACUCAAGAGUUUACCGGUUUCCAUAGAGGGCUGGCUUUAUGUUAAUGACCACCACCUUUGUCUUAAGACCUCUUACCAGUGAAGUGAAGAAGUCAUUCCUUUAGUCUAGAUGUCUUAAUCUUUCAUAAAUGUAUACACAUUCCUCUAAAAUCACAUUAACGUUAUUUCCGAUGGUAAUUUACUGAUCAUGCAGAUACAAAAAAUAAUGUAAUUGAUGCAGUUGUAUUAAUAUUGUACAAUAAUACAGAUUUGGACCUUAGACACAUACUUUACAGUAUUAAGUCAUUGAAAUCAAUAUACAUCUAUACUUGCAGUUUAUGAUAAGUCAACCAGUUUGUAUAGAGACAGUUUGCCCUCUGCAGUGCUAGCACAAGUCAAAAGUCAUGGUAUGGGUUGGUGUCUGUUGUCCUUGUGAAGAUUUAAUAAUCACAGCGUUCGUUCGGGGUCAAAGGUCGAUUUCCAGGGCGACUACAUUGCUGAUGUUGCAUUGCAUCAAUCAAUGGUUAUGUGUCACGUCAUCAACUGGGCAGUCAGGCAUCAGAUUGCUAUAUUAUAUCAUGUGGUUAGCUGAUGUGUUAAACACCUACCCAGGCGUUGUGAGAUCUGGCAUGCAUCUGCAAUGUAGUCUGCCUGGAACUUCAACAUAUACUGUAGCUCAGACAGGGUGUCUGAAAGUUGUGUGAUAUGUGCCUAUAUAUCGCUAGAUGUCACAUUAACUAUAUAUUCUACUGUACGUACUGUAUGGGAACUCACCACAGGAAAAACAUUUUGUUUUUUAAAGUGGGUAAUGUAUCCUCUUUAUCGACAUAACUGUGCAUUAUUAAUCCACCACCAUCAGCUCAAGUCGCCUCAGAAACAAUAUGGCUUUACUCUUACAACAGAAGGACAUUGCGAUGCAUGUGCACAGGGUUGACGACUUCAUAUACAUUCAUGGUAACCCAAUGUUAAACCCAAUGUGUAUCAUGUGUGUAUUGCUGAGGAAGAAUCCCACAGGUAUAGCACUUAAAUAUCCCCAUUUUGCUAUUUCCUUCAGUAGAAUAUUCAUUUUUUCAACUACUAUGCGUUACCAAUGAGAAAUCGUUGUAGCAACAUUGUAGUAUCAGACCUACUGUUCUGCUUGGUCAAUAUUAGCCUGGUCUUAGAUCUGUAUAUGCAACCAUGACUAUCACUGUGGUAGCGUACAAUGAAUGGCUAAAGCACAUAGACUACAGAUAGAACCAGGCUACUCAAUCACUGCCUCAUCUAAACUGAUGAGCUAUUUAAUAACACCAAGCAAUUGCCUCCCUUGACACAGACCAAACAGAGGACUGCAGGCCUUCAAUGGUGGUUCAGGAAUAUACAGUAGAAGCCUUGGUGUGUGUAGUACUGCAACAUAGAAAUAAAAUAGGUAGAUUCUAUUUUUAUAUAUUGCAAAACACACCUCAGUAAAUCAUUGCUCACCUUCUUGUCUAUGCUAGCCUGGUUAAACCACACUGAACGUUGCACUCACCAAGUGAAACAAUGGUGAGCGCAAUAACAACACAUUUAACCAGGCUAUGGCAAUGCCUAUCUAUGUGUUGAUGGAGAUGGACGCAAUACAUGAUGUGAGGUCUCACUGCGUUUUUGUUCUAAGCAAUAAGAUUGUGAGCCCCAUACUUAAUCCUCCUGGCACCAUUGGGAGCCAAAUAGACAGAUAGUUCAAAUAAAUUAAGCUAUUUAAAAAAAAUACUUUUCUGCUGCAAAUGAUUUUUGAGUCCAACCAUCUCCCUUACACAUAGAGCCAAGAGAUUUUCUUGACCACAUGAAAACUGUUAAACUUUCUACCAACCUCCUGUCUCUUCUGGAUUAUUUUUGUGAGUUUCAGCAUGAAUGUACAUGUAGUAACAAGAGAUAAAUAAAUAUAUACUGAAGUAUAUUCAUUGUU